AUGGCGUCACAAGCAGACUUCCGUGACAGACAGUUUCUGGCCGUCAUCGGGGACGAAGACUCUGUCACCGGGCUUCUCCUAGCAGGCAUUGGCCACGUCACGGCGCCCCCAGACAACCAAAAGAACUUUCUCGUGGUAGAUGCCAAGACGGACAAUUCGGCGAUCGAGGCAGCCUUUGAAAACUUUACAACGGAAAGGAAAGACAUUGGGAUAGUCUUGAUCAACCAACAUGUUGCCGAUAGGAUACGGAACCGGAUCGAUACCUACACUCAAGCGUUUCCCACAGUCCUCGAGAUCCCGAGUAAAGAUCACCCUUACGACCCCGAGAAGGAUAGCGUGCUACGGAGAGUUCGUCGGUUAUUUGGCGAAUAG